UUCAAAUUUGUAUCGAUGACGGCUACACUUAUGCGAACCCACCAUAAUGUUACCUUCACCCGGAAGUACUUGUGGUCAAGGUGGCAUUCGUGGACCAAUCAAAUUUCGACAGCACAGAGCGGCCCUCCCAUGCUCCUGUGGUAUCCGUUACUCAGUCGCUGUUCACUUGUCACGAUGCGUGCCUUGAUAGUUGUUUCCUGCGUUUUCCUUGCAGUUAGUGCAAGUGACGUACUAGAAUUUACCGACAGUAAUUUCGAAAGAAAGGUCAACGAACAUGAUCUUGUUCUGGUCGAGUUUUAUGCUCCAUGGUGUGGUCACUGUAAAAAGCUGGCACCAGAAUAUGAAAAAGCAGCCACUAAAUUGAAGAACAGUGAUCCACCAGUUUCGCUGGCAAAGGUAGAUUGCACAGCUGAGACAAGCACUUGCAGCAAAUUUGGCGUUUCAGGCUAUCCAACACUCAAAGUUUUCAGAGGAGGAGAAGUUAGUAAAGAUUAUGACGGUCCCCGAGAGUCUGAUGGCAUUGUCAAAUACAUGCAAAAAUUGUCGGGACCAUCAUCAAAGGAAAUUGGAGAAGUGUCUGAGGUUGAAGCGUUUAUUGCACGUGAUGGUGGAAGUGUUAUAGGGUUCUUUGAGAAAGCUGACAGCAAUAUUGCUAAAGCUUUUCAGAAAGUUGCUGACAGUGUGGAAGAUUUGCGUUUUGCUCACACCACAUCUGAGAGUGUUCUUGAAAACUUUAAGUACAAAGAUAACAUUGUACUGUUUCGACCUAAAGUAAUGGAGAACAAAUUUGAAGAGACCAGAGUUGUAUAUUCUGGAGAUGGAACAACUGGAAACAUCAAAAAAUUUUUAGAAGAAGAAAGCUUUGGACUUUGUGCGCAGAGAGAUGCUAAUAAUGCUGGAAAAUUUAAGAAACCCACAUUUAUUGCUUUCUAUGAGGUGGAUUAUGUGAAAAAUCCCAAAGGCACAAACUAUUGGAGAAACAGGAUCAUGAAGGUAGCAAAGAAGUUGCGUGAUGAAGGCCUGAAGGCUUAUUUUGCCAUAAGCAACAAGGAUGAAAUGCGACAGGAACUUGAAGAGUGUGGUGUGGCACAGAAGUCGGGUGACAAGCCAGUUGUGUGUGCAUAUGAUGAAAAAGGGCGAAAAUUCAACCUACAAGAAGAAUUUACGUUAGAAAGUUUUGAGGAGUUUGUGCGGAAUGCACUUGAUGGCAAACUUGAGCCAUACCUCAAAUCAGAGCCAAUACCUGAAUCAAAUGAUGAGCCUGUCAAGGUUGUUGUGGCAAAGAAUUUUGACGAGAUCGUGAAUAACGACGACAAGGAUGUUUUGAUCGAGUUUUAUGCCCCGUGGUGCGGCCACUGCAAGAAUCUUGCACCUAAAUAUGAUGAGCUAGCAGAGAAGUUGAUAGAUGAGUCAGAGAUAACAAUAGCAAAAAUGGAUGCUACGGCUAAUGAUGUACCAUCACCGUAUGAAGUCAGAGGUUUCCCUACUAUUUACUUUGCCCCGAAAGGCAGCAAAUCAAGUCCCAAGAAAUAUGAGGGAUCUCGUGAAGUAGAUGAUUUUAUCAAAUAUUUGGCUCGUGAGGCCACAAAUGAGCUUCAGGGCUGGGACAGAAAUGGCAAGAAAAAAGGUGGCAAGAAAAAGAAGGCAACAGGAGAACUUUAAACACACUAAAGCAAAGCACUACAAACAUCCACAAGCAUCAGUUGCACUCAAUUGUGAAUGCAAAUACACACGCUCUCACACAUCUACAUAGAAUGCUGGCAUCAUUUUACUACAUAUUCUUGCCUUUUAUCUUGGACAUUAAUCAUAGCUGAUGAACUUGUGCUGAAUUCUCACAACAGGUUUAUUUAUGUUUUCAUCUGCAAGCCUUCCACAGUUGUUGAGUGAGAUGUGGAGUUUGAAUGAAGAGUAAAAAUGUGAGGGGAACAUUUGGUGGUUUGCUUUUUAAGAGAGUGUUAAAAUAAUCGGUUGUCCUGCAUAAAAUUAUAGCAGUGAUGCUUUUGCUUAUAAUUUGAAGAAAUAGAAACUCUUAAAUUUCAAGUUGAAAAUUCUACUUAGUCUCUCCUCAUUCAUCAAUUUGAUCUCGAUUGUCUGUCUGAGUGGAAGGAAUAAAAUAUUUUUAAAAAGUU